UGCCCGACAACACAAGCAGCGACAACAACGAAAAUCCGCAACCCUAUGAGCCAAUUCUUUAUUCAAUUUACGCCUCAAUUUUCACAAUGACGUCUCCUUUUCAAACGCUUUUUUCGCGUGGUCUUGUCCGCUUGAGGCCACCGUAAUUAUUACCCGGAAGUGAUCGUCAGCGCGGAGUCUGAGGACCUUGCAGCGAUUGUAAGACGGAUGAUGAACGUGAACAAAGAGCAACCAAGUGGAGGGAAAUGUGACGCUCAGUUUGAGUGCACGGUCUGCAAGCUGCACGCUCCAUACAAUUACUAUGGCAGGAAACCCUUCUACGCAAAGGCUCUAGAGCUAAAAGAAGACAGCUACACAUGUCAAGACCCGUUCGAGACUGAGCGUGGACAGCUGCUGGUGCUGGGCUCUAACUGCUCGCUGUGUCAACGUGUUGUAUGCACGAGCCAGGGCUGCAGUCUUUUCUACACGAGGCGGUUUUGCUUGGAGUGCAUUAAACAACACAUCUCUGAAUUUCCGGCUGAGAUCCAGUUAGAACUGAAAAAGCGAGGAGUUUUAUCUUGAUUCUGGCACAUAAUAUAAAAAUGGGUGCAUUAUCGAGUUGUCUUUAUUUGAAGCAACAUGUGACCAAAUGCACAACUGAUUACCGCUUAAUUGACCCAGCAAAACAAAAAUACAAUAUAUGAACAGUUGCUGAGCACAGGCAAAAGGGCCAAAACAUCAAGUGCCCAGCAACAAACAGCACCAUCAAAGUUAUAAUCAGUAAGAGUUAGUAUGCCUCUGAAAUUGAGCUAAAUUAUUAUACGAGCUUGGGAAAGGAGGCAAUUCCAGAUGAGUGUUAUGGAAGAAGCUAAAUAAGUUAAUGUGACGAGUACGGUUUCACAGUCAAUGAUUCCGCAAUGGUUUUUUGGGUUUGGUCACAAUUAUCUGGCCCAAUAUAUUUUGGUAACACCCUUCACCACACAACACAUGCUUGUAAAUGUGCAUAUUUUAUUUAUUUGGCUGUUGGGCAGUAAUAGGGUCUUAAACACAUACAUUUCAGCAGAUUGUUCCACAGCCUAACCCAAAAAUCUUAAGAAUCCUAACAAGUGAUUGUGACCUGCAAGUGUUGUGGUUCAAUAACAUAUGGAUAAGAUAAAGCAAUCGUCGUGGCAUAUACGGCAGCAAUGUCCCGGUUUUGCGUUGGGGAUGCGUUCCUGAGAGGAACAAUGACGUACAUCAGUUAUUGUUCUUGUAAGAAUUCACGGGGAUGUGUUCCUAAUAUUGCCACUUCACCUAUUGUUUAACUUUUUACCUGUGAUAUCUUUUUGUUUUUGGUUAAUGACAGUUAUAUUCAAAUACACUUGUGAAUAACAUUCUAAUUCCCAAGACAUUUAAAUAAAAAAUUCACAACAUA